GGCGCUAGCGCAGCCCAGCCUAGCCUCGCGGGGCCGCCGCCAGCCCUGCCGGCCGCCUCCCCGAGCCCCCCGGGGGCUCCGCGUCCGCCCGCCGCGGCCCGCAGACAGCCCCGCAGGAACCGGCGGGCGCGCCGCGCUCCCCUCCGCCGCGCGCGUCCUAGGGCUCCAGAGGCCACGGGCAUGAUGCUGCGGGUCCUGGUGGGGGCUGUCCUGCCCGUCAUGGUCCUGGCUGCGCCUCCGCCCAUCAACAAGCUGGCCCUGUUCCCGGAUAAGAGUGCCUGGUGUGAGGCGAAGAACAUCACCCAGAUCGUGGGCCACAGCGGCUGUGAGGCGAAGUCCAUCCAGAACAGGGCCUGCCUGGGACAGUGCUUCAGCUACAGCGUCCCCAACACCUUCCCGCAGUCGACCGAGUCCCUGGUGCACUGUGACUCCUGCAUGCCGGCCCAGUCCAUGUGGGAGAUCGUGACCUUGGAGUGCCCCGGCCACGAGGAGGUGCCCCGGGUGGACAAGCUAGUGGAGAAGAUUCUGCACUGCAGCUGCCAGGCGUGUGGCAAGGAGCCCAGCCACGAGGGGCUGAGCGUCUACGUGCAGGGCGAGGACGCGCAGGGGGCCCAGCCUGGCGCCCACCCCCACCCCCAUCCCGGCGGGCAGGCCCCUGAGCCCGAGGACCCCCCUGGGGCCCCCCACGCCGAGGAAGAGGGGGCUGAGGACUGAGGCCCCCGAGUCUUCCUCCCCUCCCGCUCCCUGUGGAAUGUGGGGGUCUCGCCCUCCUGGGGAAGAGUUGGGGGGAGAGGCUGAAGCACCCCCUUUGGCACUGGAUGGACUUGGAUUCAGACUUGGACUUGGAAUGCUUCCCGGUUGCCACGGAGAUCUGAAGGGGGUGGGGCUGGGGCCAAGCUGCACAAUUUAAUAUAUUCCAGAGUGGGGGGCAGGGGCGGAGAUCUUCAGGGCUCUUGUUUGGGGCGAGGGGAGCUCUCUUCCUGACUGCCUCUGAGAUGUGUGCCCUUGUUUGGCGGGGGAGAGGAGUCUCUGGCUAGGCUGCUGAGUUGGCGAGGCAUUCCAAACUGUGCCAAGGCCCACCGCCCCCGCCCCCAGAGCAGCAUUUCCUGGUGGCACUGAGGUGGCCCUCCCGUGGUUGGGAGUCAGGCCUGGGCAGGCCCCCGCUGACUCUUGGCCCUGGAUCGGGGAGCCAGGCUCGCUGGCUUCCUCAGCUUCCCUGGGGGUGGCGGGACCUUCUGGGCGGGGGAGGGGAUGACCCUCUCCAUCAGACAUCGCCCCUUCCUCCCCCCUGCCUCCCUCCCGCCCGCCCAGAUCUCAGUGCCCCCCACAUGCUCCAGGCCCCUCAAAGUUGAUGGAGCCAGCCUCACCCUCUUGGGGAACCCUGUCUACACAUCUGAUGCUGGGGAGGGGUCUCCCUUACCCAGAGGGUUCCCAGAAGGGAUGUGGUGGGGCAUGGACUUGGGGUGAGCCUCAAGAAGUGAGGGAGAGGAGCCACGAGGGCUCGUGGGGCGUCCCGUGAUCCCGAGGUGCUCCAGCAGCCCGGCCCCGCCCCCGCCUCCCAGCUGCACUUUAGCCCCAGAGGGGGCGGGGGUCCCCCCGGGGGGGCGGGCAGGCGGGAAGGGAGGAGCCCCCCUCAGCACCCAUAGCUGCCUGCAUCCGCUCUUCUGUCCCAGGGCCCCUGCCGGCCCCCCAGCCCCCUGCCAGGGGGAGCCCCGGCCCUCAUGGCUGACCCGACAAGAGCUUCUGGAGCUUGUAACCAGUAGACUGUCUCCCCGAGGGACCCUGAGUUUUCUCGUGAAUAAAUUCCUUCAACGCC